AAAUGGGCAUCCUCAUUCUGGUGGCAUUAUUGUUUGUUGGAGCAAUUGCUCAUCCAGAAAAUGGCUGGCAUCAAGGUCACCAAGGUCCUGGACCAGUGGGAGGAGGAUUUUGGCCAAUGGGAGGAGGUCCUGGACCAGUGGAAGGAGGAUCUGAGCCAAUGGGAGGGGUUCGUAAGCCAAUAAGAGAAGGAUCUGAACAGGAUAUUGGACAGGAUUAUGGAUCUGUGAGGCCUUUAGAUUAUGCUGCACAUAGAGGAGGACCACGCAGAGGAGGACCAGGUUGGGGAGGACCACGCAGAGGAGGACCAGGCUGGGGAGGACCACACAGAGGAGGACCAUUCAGUCCCAACACUCAGUUCAUCCCACUUUUCAAGACAGACAAUAUAACACUCCAGGGUCUCAAUCUCACUCUGCCCCUGAAAGAGGGGGAAAAUAUUUUCAUCUUACCAACAAUCCAGGGACGGCCACAGAUGUAUAGGAGUGCUCCUCAGGAACAGUUUGCAUCUGGAUGGAGGUAUGGUGCUCAGCCGUAUGUGAAGAUCAUCUACAACCCCAAUGCUACGCAAAAGAUCUCAUUUGAAUAUGGAGUUAUGCAAUUUCUUCCAUGGUUCCUGAAGGCUGAAGUGGAGACUAAUGAUGUUACAGCAGUCUAGGAUGAAAGACAUGUCUUUACAGGAAAACAGACACCCAGAGAUCAUCAGUCACUACAGCAUGAACAACUUUAACAACGCUAACAACUUUAACAACUUUGGGAUCAUGGAUGAAUUUUAUUUUGGUGUUCUUUGCUGAGUGAAGUGUGACUGGUGUAGAUGUGUGUACAGGUGUAAUGGACGUCUUUAUUCAUGAAAAAUGUCUAAAAAUGAUUGAUUUUUAUCUUUCAAUAAAGACAUCAGCAUCCACA